AUGGAAGGGCCCAAGUCUUCCGCUGUCCGUGUCCUAGUCCGGCCGCCUUCCGCUCCGGGGGGUGUGACCUCUUCCGCCGCCGCUUCCGCGAGCCACGCUGACCCUCCAUCCGCAGAGCCCUCCCCUCCCUCCGCCGCUGCUCCCAGCCCCUCCUCUUCUGGAUCUCCUCCCGCUCCUCGUCCUCCUCCCGAGGGCGUCGCGGUGGUGGGUUUCGUAGGGGCCGAGGACGACGUGGCUCAUCUGAUUAAUAGGAUCCUCGAUGCCAGCAUCUUCGGCGCUGGCGGCGACAAGGAUCUCUACUCUGCUGUCUCCAAGGAUGGGGACCAAUGGGAGGAGUGGUUCCGACACAGGAGGAUCCGUUAUUACCAUGAACAGGAGAAGGGCAUCGUCUUCCUGCAGUUCUCAACAGCACCAGUCAUGCAAUCGUGGCUCUCAGGUGGUUCGGGGGACGAGCGUUGGGACGGCAGGCUCGAUUCCUUUCUCGAGGAGAGCGAUUCUGACGACCUCCGGGGUUUGCUGCUGAUGUUCUCUGUAAGUUGUUUCCAGUUUACGAGCGGAAUAGGUUUGGUUUAAUCUGUAGACAGAAGUAAUAUUGGACUUGUUUGAAAUGAAUUAGUUUUGGGAGGUAUCAUAGGUUCUUCAACUAUUUCUUGAUUUGAAAACUCAAACAAUUUCUACUCGAUCCUCACCAGGUUUGCCAUGUGAUUAUAUUUCUUCACGAGGGCAUGCGUUUUGACACACACUUACUCAAAAAGUUCCGAAUCCUGCAAUGUGCAAAACAUGCAUUGGCUCCGUUUAUAAGGUCCCACAUCAUGUCAACGAUGGCAUACAGAGCAUCUCCAUCUAACACAAAACCCCCUGUCCAAAUAAAAUCUUCUGCUUCUCCUGGUAGAACUGGCAGCAGUCGCCAUGGUUCAGCAGUUUCUCCCGGUAGAACUGGCAGCGGUCGGCAUGGUUUAGCUGUUUCUCCUGGUAAAAUUGGCAGCAGUCGCCAUGGUUUGGUUGCUUCUCCUGGUAGAACUGGCAGCAGUCGUCAUGGUUCAGCCAUCUCCCUAAUGUCAGGUUCGGGUUCACAUCCAUCCAUGUUGCCUGGCCAGUGUAUCCCUGCCAUUCUUUUUGUUUUCCUUGACGAUUCCUUCAAUGGUCUGACUGGAGGGGAGGACUCAUCCGAUUCCCAUUCCAUCAGUCAGUCCUCAUCCACAACUUCAGUGCCCAGACCAGGAUUAAGCUCGAAAGGAUCCAGUUCUAUUGUGAUGCUGUCACGUCCCAUGAAUAAACCAGAAGGCAGUCUGAGGAAGAAGCUUCAGGCCUCACUCGAGGCUCAGAUAAGGUUUCUAAUCAAGAAAUGCCGAAUACUUUCUAAUGUGGAAUCUGGUCCUCCUGGUUCAAGAAGUUCAGCCAAUGCACAUUCAAUUCCAUUGUUUUCUCUUGAUUCUUCAAGGGUCGCUGUGCUGUUAGACAGGCCAAUGGCUCGCCGAGGGGAAUCCCUGGAUUACAUCACCGAUAUAAUUGAGCUGAUUCUAAAUUCAAAGGCAACAGAUGAUAUGCUCGAAAGCAAUGCCCUGGAUUCCAGUAACGAGGACAUUCAAUCCAUCAAGGAUUUUAUUUCUAGACAGACAGAUGCUCUGAGAGGGAGGGGAUCAAUACCAAGUAGUGCAAGUACAGGCUCAGUUGCCGGUGUUGGUAUGGUAGCUGCUGCUGCAGCAGCAGCAGCAGCAUCUGCAGCAUCUGGGAAACCCAUUAGUGCCCCUGAACUUCCAAGUUUGGAAAAAUGGUUAUCUUCAAGUAGACAUAUCCUUGAGGGAUUACUUUCUGCAAACAAUGUGUCUGUUGAUGACAAGGAAAAUAUGAAGAUAAUGACGCAUCAAAAAUCUGCCGUAGUUUCUCAGGAUCAGGGAGCACCCACUACAUCAAUUAGUGCCAGAGAGAGUGCUAUAACCUGCUUAGAAGGCAAUAAAGGCCUGAGCAUGGAAUUCUCUAUGUCAUGGUGCCAGAGAGCUCUACCAGCUGCUAAAGAGAUCUAUCUAAAAGAACUGCCUGCAUGCUAUCCCACUGCCCUGCAUAGGACACAGUUAGAGAAGGCUUUGAAUGCAUUUUUUCGAAUGGUAAAGGGUCCAGCCGUGCAAAUAAUUGCCAAGAGGUUGGAAGAGGAGUGCACAUCUAUGUGGGAAUCAGGAAGGCAACUUUGUGAUGCCAUUAGUCUGACUGGAAAACCUUGCAUGCAUCAGAUGCACCAUUUUACAUCCAGUACAUUGGAAAAAGGCGAUAAGAAACACUCCAGUGGUUUUGUUUUCCUUCAUGCCUGUGCAUGCGGCCGUUCUAGGCGUCUGCGAGAUGAUCCUUUUGACUUUGAUAGUGCCAAUUUAACUUUCAGUUGCUUCCCUAAAUGUGAAAAUCACCUUCCAAGGCUGGUUCUACCAGAAGGGAAUAAAAUUGGGCCUCUUCCUGCUUCCUCGUGGAUCCUCACUCGCCUUGGUGGGGCAAGGUAUUAUGACCCUUCCAAGGGGUUGUUUCAGAGUGGAUUUCGUCCAAACGAAAACUUUUUGUUAAAAUGGACAAUUUCACUUCAGAAACAUGGCAAAUUGAGUACAGAUACUGCUCAAAGCAUGGCUAUGGCAAAGUCAUAUCUGGAUGCCAACACAGCACCUAUUAUGGUUGAAGAAACUAAUGAAUCCGAUUCUCAACUUGGGACAUCGGAAAAUGAUCAGAGAAAAACUACAGAAAAUAUCACCUCUGGAUCGAGUAUUAAUUUUGGUAAAGGUCUUCCUUCUUUUGUGAUUAAAAAACCCUUUUCUGAGGUUGUUGCAGGACCUGCUUCUCAACUCCAGCACAAAAAACUUGCAAAAGAUAUUCUAGAAAAGGAUGUGAGCCAUAAGCCUCCAAAUGAUAUCACCAAUGAUCAAUCACAUCCUGCAGAUGAGAGCCAAGUAUUAAGAAAAAAUGGACAGGUGCCUUUUCGGCAAAAUUCACAGAAUAGCUUUCGCUUUGAUGCCAACACUUUCUUACAGAUUGGAAGCAAUGUAGUGCCUGUAAACCUGGAUCGUGGCAAGAAGACAAAAGCAAAACAUUCUCUGAAGCAAGUGAUCGUCUAUAUUGGAUUUGAGUAUGAAUGCCCCUGUGGGCAUCGUUUUAUACUGUCCAAAGAACAUCUGAAGGAGCUUGAUUCUUCAUAUUCCUUACAAGACGAAUCUCACUACCCUCCUGCUGAAGCUCCAAGCAGCACGUUUGCUGGGAAAUCCAACUCCUUGAACAGAAUGAGAGUGGGUAUGCACGGGAAAUCUCAUUUCCAUUCUGAUGGAAAAAUUUCUCCUUCAGACAUUUCUGGAAAGAGAAACAAAUUUACUGAAUCAAUAGCUGCCCCUAAUCCUCAUCUCUCAGAGAAGGAAUCUAAUCAACCCAACGAAUGUGUGGAAACUCCCAGAGAAAUUAAUCCUUCUGUAAGCCUUGAUGAUGGUAGUAGUGCAUUUUCCCUUUUGAACAGGAAUUUGCCAGUGUACAUGAAGUGUCCCCACUGUACAGAUUCGAUGGAUAAAGAGCAGCAAAAGUACAAGUUUGCGAGUACAAUAUCACAGCUCCAGAGAAUAUUUUUGGUAAAGCAAUUCUUAACACGUUAUCAUUUGAGUUCUCUAAAUGUCUUAUAUCCUAAUGAAUUUUAUUUUUUUUUCGCUUUUCUAUCUGUGGAUGGAUUUUCUUAUCUUUUUUCCCUAAGGCCUCUUUACUUGAUAUCUGUGCAGGUAACACCUCCGUUUCCAUUCGUUUUAACAACCUGUCCAAUCAUUCAAUUUGAGGCAAGUAGAAGUUGAUCCGCCCUUCUCUUUCUCUCUGUGAAUUGGUGACUUGAGCUAUUAAUGCCCUGUAUUUUAUACCCAAUUGCCAAGCACUAUCAUUUUUUUUGGUUAUGUUAUGUAGUGCGCAAUGUUCAAUACGUGGACUGCUCUUUGUUUUCCUGAAACAUCUUCUCAGCUGGGUAAGUUAUUUUAUAGGAUUCAUGCCUGCCGCCAUCUGUCUUGGACCGGGAGCAACAGUCUCAGUUUAGCCCUGGCUGCCCAAUCAUCCUUCCUCCCAAGAGCUUUGUUGCAUUUCGGCUUCCCUUCAUUUAUGGCAAGUGGUCAGAUGACGGGAACAUGGAGCCUCUUCGUCUCUUGGAGCAAGAACCAGAGCUCACUGCCUCGCUUGUCAAAGGCACAGCCCUUCAGCUCAUCUCAAAAGAAUUUGAUUUCACUGAUCACUUCACUCUGGAAGAGUAA